AUGGACUUUAAGGGACCUCUCCCUUCCAACUCACGCAAUAAAUAUCUGCUUACCAUGAUCGACGAAUUCUCUAGGUUUCCUUUUGCCUUUGCAUGCCCAGAUAUGUCAUCUGCUACUGUUGUUAAAUGCCUAAAUGAGUUGUUCGCCUUAUUCGGGCUACCCUCCUAUGUCCAUACCGACAGAGGUACUUCCUUUAUGUCUGCUGAAGUACAGAAGUACCUUAACGAAAGAGGAGUUGCUACGAGCAGGACCACGGCUUACAAUCCUAGAGGAAAUGGUCAAAUAGAGAAACUGAACAGUACCCUUUGGAAAGCUAUAACCUUAGCUUUACACUCCUAA